AUGGUUUAUUUAAAAUUUAUUGACAUAGAUGUAUAUGAUGGCGGUACACAAAAUUGUUAUGAUGGGGACUCACUCGUUGUAAGUUCUGCCGACGGGCAAAACAUAACGUUCUGCGAUGGAGCGAAUUAUGAAACUGAAGUAAAGAUGACAUCACGAAGCGCUAUCGAUAUAUUAUUUCUUAGUGAUGACGUCAUGACAUCUUCUUCACGGGGAUUCAAGGCAAUAUAUUCGCUUUACUAUCAAGUGGAGACUCACGAGUCAUGUAUUGAUGACAAUGAUGUUAGAUGUAGCGAUGGUCGUUGUAUUUCACUUAGCGUAUGGCUAGUUGAUGGCUAUGACUUCUGUGGCUUUGACACACCUCACGAAAAAGGAUUUCCAGCAUUCGCUUUGGUGGGUCCCAUCGUAGGAAUGCUAGUAUUUUUCUUUUGUUCACUAUUGGCAUCACACAUUAAAGGAAAAUGUAAAAGCACCAAUAAUGAAGCGAGCAAUCAAGCAGCAGUUUCUCUGCAAUCUUUAAAUGGAACGACAACAGGCGAAAUUUUGGAAUCUGCAAUAAGUGACAAUCAUGAGAGUACUUCAGCAACAGUAAAUAGCGACAACAACGACGAUGACGGCAAUGAAAACGAAGAUAGUAGUUUACAGUCAGCGUCUUUGGGUCGACGUAACUUCGACUUUUCGCAUAGCGAAGAAAUGGCACCACCCCUAAAUGAUACCAACCAAUUCAGAUCCAAUUCUCCAAAUCAUCGAAAAUCAAUACUAGACACACCCCCGUCUUACGUAAAUGUUGUGAAGAUUGCAGCGCCACGAACCGUAUUCAAUUACGAUGACGAUUUCGAAGAUAGCCAAUCACAAAGCAGUGAAGCAGACAAUUCGUCAAUUGAAGAACAAAUUCUUCCACCAACGGCACCGCCGUUGGAAAAUGACACAUGCAGUUCAACUAGAACUGACGAGCCUCCCCCGCCAUCUUAUGAUGAUGUAUUGCGAACCACUGACCAUUAUUUGACUUUGUAA